AUGGCCCAAACCUCUACCUUCAAGACUGCUGCUACUAGUUCAUCUACUUCCAAGUCUUCAGGAACCACCACAUCCAGUGCUACUGCUGCACCUGCAAAACUACCAGCAACCAGUUGGGCCCAAGCUGCUGCUAGAGCCAGUUCUUCCAAAAGCAUUCCAGCCACUGCUGCUGCUGCACCAUCUGCAUCUACCGUUAAUAGUAGCAACGGUAAUUCUAGCAUUAGAGGAGGAAGUAAUGUUAAUACUAAAUCAUCUAAAAAGUCGAAUUCCACUCUGAGAAAUUACAAUCGUAAUGAGGUAGCUAGUUUUAUGUCCAAACAAUUUGCCACAUAUUCUCAAACGUCUGCCUCCUUAAAUUCGAGCACAAUCGGAUCUAAUGAUAUUUGGGGCACUGUUACUUCAGGUAAGAAUAAAAAUAAGAAAUUUGCAUGUCUGUCUGAAAUAGCACGUUCUUUGAGGAAUGUUUAG